CAAUUGCUUCAUCUUUUUUUUUUCUUGGAUGGCUGAGAAUCCACAGAAAUAAAUGAUAACAUUGGAUCGAUCACGGACUGUAUCAAUACUAAAGUUACUGGAUCAAUACUUUAGUUAGUUUUACUUCCAGCAUGUGGCUCUUGUUCCAUAAAAACAUGCUGCACCAGAGCAGCUGACCAGAAGCAGGAUAAAAACACUCAUCAGAUAACGAAUUAACCAACUCUGGUUGUACAAUAACUUCAGAACCGACAUGCUAACACGUAGCAUCAAUGGAUAGACCUGUUUACGUCUGUAAAGAAGUCAGAACCGUUCUGCCUGUCAGCACACAGUUCUCAACCCUGCCUCUCUGAUGGUAUGGGGGUACAUUUGUGCUUAUUGCACAGGUAGUCUGUACAUCUGGACAGCAACCAUCAAUGCAGAAAAGUCAGUUUUAUAACCUACAGUGGUCUCAUCUAAAGUGUGUCUUUUGUUAUAGAGAGGGCCUCCCAUACUUCAUGACACUGCUAAACUGCUACUGCAUCAAUUUUGCCAGCAUAACUUUGCAUCAUAAAAGUAGACGCUGAAACUCUCAUCACUUUUACGAAACAAAAUAUGAACACCAGGGACGUACUAUUGAACAGUGAUUCUUCCAUUCACUUAUUGUGCCAAAUGCUUCUUACAACAACAACACAAACCUUUACAAUUCUAAUCUUCAGUAAUGAAUUUCUGAACUGUCUGAACCUACACGGGCGUGCUACAAUUCCCUCCAUUGAGAGCCACAAUAAGCGCAGAUAACAAUCUCCCACGCUGCUCGAACCACACAUCAACAAUCUGGACGCUAUUAAACCAAAGUGAAAAGGAUGGGAUGGUGUUUAUUGUUAUCUGUUUUCAAAAAAUCCCUUAUAACAGGGGUGGUGGUGGGGUCUUAAGACAGAUUGUAGAAAUCCCUUAAUUCCCUGAAAAAAAAAAGUGUAUUGCCUUGUAUGAAAUCAGAGGAUUUGCUGGGAGGGAGAUGAAUUUAACCUGUAAUAGCUUUACCUCACUGUGCGCUUUGUCAGAGAAGUCAAACUGAAAAGACUGCAGCACACAGAUAAGACACAGGAUGCAUGACCGUGACUACAAAUCACGUGGACGCAUGCAUUGAAUUAGCUCCUUCCUUGUGUCUUUAUCUAUAUUUAGUGCCGUUCUAACUGACUGAGGCCAUUCAGAUCUGAAUCCAAAUAUACACCAAACCAUUUUUAAAGCUCGACCGAAACAAGGGAGGGUGUUUAAAAAAAUUAAUUUAAAGACUAAUCCCUUAAAUUCUUGGCGUCUCGGGCCACUUCAGAGAUGUUCAUCUUUAAGUCCAGGUUUCUAAUACCAGGCAAUCUCCUUUUCUCUAAAACCUCAACAAUAAAGGAUUUUAGUGGAGCUCUCCGCUUUUUCAUUUUAUGCAGCGAAAUCUGAUUUCUCUUGAAGAAAAGGAAUGAGGCAAGAUUAACUGAAUCUGCCGUCCUCCCUAACCUCUUCACAAAACUGCCCAGAUUAGCUAGGAAUUAAGUUUCAACCGUUUUAUGUGUCUGGUCCACAGGGGGAUUAUGGUUUUACUUCAUCUUUUUUUCCCCUCUCUCCCCCCCUUUUUUUGGGGGCCUAUAAGGGCUCGAGUACCCUGUUGAAGAGAGAGGAGAAGAAGUGCAGCUGAGGCUGAAUCCAAAGUGUUGCACAUCACCGUUUGCUUUCUUGGAGUUGUCUUUGAAAAUGGACGGACUCGUCAGGACGGAGAGACAGAAGUUCCCGUUCACAAUUGAGAACAUUUUAAGCAAAUAUCCGAGCGGCGGCGGGGAAAAGCGGCCCUGUGGAGCAAACGGGCUGAAGGAGAAGGAGUCGGUGCGUCACGCCUGCCUGUGCUGCUGUUACUGCUCUCAUUGUGCUGACAUAUUCCACCCUGAUUUCAUUCAUGAAGCCUGCCAGUUGGGAUGGAGCUCAGCGAUGCUCUCGGAGCCCUGCAGGCUGGGAGACGCUCGCAAAGAGGAGCAGGUGUCCGGAGGUCAGGCGCAGAGGAGAACCAGGCGUCACCGCACCAUUUUCACAGAGGAACAGCUGGACGCGCUGGAGGAGCUGUUCCUGCAGAAUCAGUAUCCAGAUGUGAACACUAGGGAGAAACUUGCACAGCGCACUCACUUAAGAGAAGAGAGAGUAGAAGUUUGGUUUAAAAACCGAAGAGCCAAGUGGAGACGGCAAAAAAGACUUUCAUUUGUUGUUGGAAACACGGAAAAUUAAUUUGUUCUGCUGAAAUAUCAGACAGAUAUAUAAUGUAUUGGACAAAUAUUCAAGCUCACACAGAAAACAUACCUUUUUUUGUUUCAGUUUUAUCCUAACAAUAAACCUUUGUGUAUAUUCUGAUUGGUU